AUGGCCGUCUUCGCUAUAACCGAUGCAAAUUAUGAAGUGUCACAGUACCAGAUGGGUCGCUAUGAGUUCCUGCAAACAAUGACGAAUAUGAUCCAUUGGUCACGGUGGGUUGGAGUUGCUGGAUCAGAAGGGGUUGUGUGGAAAUUAUGGGGAUUUCUGUUGCUAUGUCUUCUCUUGGCCAUAGAGGGAGAGGCUAUAUGGAAGGUUAUUAAGGCACUCGCUGGGUGGGCAAUCGAUAUGCGUGGACAUAGAAGUGUUACUGCGAGACUAGCAGGAACCAUGUUUUAUUCUGCAUCGUUGUUAUGUUUGAUACAAUGCUGGCGGUUAUCCUGUUCUUGGAAAGAGAUUUCGAAAUACUGGGCGUCAAUAGAAUGGACUUUAAGCAUUCAAUAUGUACCACGGGAUAAGACUAUAAGGACAAAAAUGUAUAAAACUGUUUUUUUUGUUGCUACACUUUCUUCGGUUGAACAUCUCCUGGACAUGAUAUCGUCAUUUGAUUUUAAUUGCCAACUGUCGCUGUGUUUUCGCACGUUAAUUUUAAAAUCGCAUGGAUUUUUAAUUUUGGAACACGAAUAUUCCGACUGGAUAGCGGUUUUGGUCUUUAUCACGAGUAUAAUAGCAACAAUUCUGUGGAACCUGCAAGACUUAAUAAUUAUUUUAACAAGUAUGGGUUUAUCGGCAAGAUAUCAAAGACUAAAUGAAGGUGUUAAAAUAGUCACAACUAAAAACAAUACAGAGGAAAAAUCGAAUAAAGACAGAGAGUUCUUGAAGGUAUAUAUGUGGCGGAAAAUCAGAGAAGCGUAUGUGAAACAGUCGAUGUUGGUUAGAAAAGUUGACAACUCACUGGGAACAUUAAUUCUGAUGUCGGCAUUUUUCAAUUUUUAUUUUAUUUGCUUACAAUUAUUUUUGCGUAUCGCUCCCAGUGGUCCAGCUGUAUCAGUGAAUCAAAUAUAUCAUGCCGUAUCUUUGUCUUGGGUCUGUAUUCGAACUGGAUACACCGUGCUGGCUGCAGCGGAAGUCAACAAAACUUCAACACUGGCGUUACCAUAUUUAUAUGAAAGUUCUGCUCAGUAUUAUAACGUAGAGAUAGAAAGACUUCAGAAACAGCUAAGCAGGGAUUAUGUUGCGUUAACUGGGAUGGGAUUUUUCUACUUAAACAGAACUUUUGUAUUGCAGAUGGCGGGUGCAGUGGUGACGUAUGUUUUGGUGUUAAUUCAAUACGAUGACUCUGAGACUGUUGUUCCAACAAACUCAACAUUGACCACGUGA